GUGUUGAAGAAUUCACAGAAGUAUGAUGUGGACAAGCCAGUAAUUGUGUUCUUGGGCGAGGAGCGCUGGCUUCCUCAACUCCAAGAGCUCGACCUGCCGUACCGGAAGCCUUUCGUGGUGAAGACAGGCAUCACGCCAGGACUCUCCGGUUGCGAUGCGCAGUUAAUGCCCUCCUGCGAUGGGAAGGAAGUCGAAGAACUCAUGACACGGGUGCUUGAACAGUGGAAUGGUCGUCUGGCAGGGGAAGGCCAAGCCAAGUAG